GUGUGUCCGAUGGCAGGGAUCUCAGCCAGGCUCUGGGAUGGUUGCGUGGCGCUGCUGCUGGUGGCUGCUCUGGGGCUAAGGCAGCGGCCACACACCGAACCUGGUCCCUCUGGCCUGUGGCACGGCUAUGACUGUGGGGUCAAGGGCAUGCAGCUAUGGGCCUUCCCGGGGCCAGGCCAGACAAUCCGCUUCAAGGUGGUAGAUGAAUUUGGGAACCAAUUUGAGGUAAACAACUGCUCUGCCUGCUACCACUGGGUCACCACCAAGCCCCCGGGACACGCGGUCUUCUCUGCUGGUUACAAAGGCUGCCAUGUGCUGGAGAAGGAUGGGCGCUCCCACCUGAGGGUGAUCAUCGAAGCCAUGCUGCCCAGUGGUCGAGUUGAGGCAACAGGAGAUGUCACUCUGAUUUGUCCUAAACCUGGCCACACCUGGACUCCAGACCCACACCUGGCACCACACACAGGCUUCUCCCGCCCCACCCCCCAGGCCUGGUCCCUCCGCCCCAUCCCAGAGCACAGCUUUGUCCAUGCGACCCCUGCCUUGCCAUCCCUCGGACCUGGACCCACCUCCCAUGCCACCCAGGUUCCACCCCAGGGGGGCACCCUGGGACCCUGGGGGGUUGACGAGCCACCAUACUCAGGUGCACCUCUGACUCCAGAGCUGUGCCAGGUGCCCUCAGGGGCCAUCCCCUGUGGAGUGGGAAGAAGUUCAAAGGAAGCCUGCCAGCAGGCUGGCUGCUGCUAUGACAACAGCAGAGAGAUUCCCUGUUACUAUGGCAACACAGCAACUGUCCAGUGCUUCAGAAAUGGCCACUUUGUCCUGGUGGUGUCCCAAGAAACCGCCUUGGCGCAUGGGAUCACGCUGGCCAACAUCCACAUGGCCUAUGCCCCCACAGGCUGCUCCCCCACCCAGGAGACCGGGUCCUUCGUGGUCUUCCGCUUCCCCCUCUCCCACUGUGGGACCACAGUCCAGGUGGCUGGCAACCAGCUUGUCUAUGAGAAUCAGCUGGUGUCUGACAUCGAGGCUUGGACGGGGCCACAGGGCUCCAUCACUCGGGACAGCACCUUCCGGCUUCACAUGCGCUGCAUCUUCAACGCCAGUGAUUUCCUGCCGCUCCAGGCAUCCGUCUUCCCGCCACCCUCUCCAGCCCCUGUGACCCAGUCCGGGCCCCUGCAUCUCCAGCUUCGGAUCGCCAAGGAUGAGACUUUCCGCUCCUUCUAUGAGGAAGGGGACUACCCCCUCGUGAGGCUGCUGCGUGAGCCUCUACCGGUGGAGGUCCGGCUCCUGCACAGGACAGACCCCGGUCUGGUCCUGCUGCUGCACCAGUGCUGGGCCACUCCCGGGGCCAGCCCCUUCCAGCAGCCUCAGUGGCCCAUCCUGUCCGACGGGUGUCCUUUUGAUGGUGACAGCUACAGGACCCAACUGGUAGCCUUGGACGGGGCAGAGCUGUCCUUCCCAUCCCACUACCGGCGCUUCACCGUUGCCACCUUCACCCUCCUGCACCCUGGCUCACAGAGGGCCCUCAGGGGAUGGGUUUACUUCUUCUGCAGCGCCUCUGCCUGCUCCCCUGCGGGGCUGGAGACGUGCCCCACUAUGUGCAGCUCUGGGCCCUCAAGACAGCGACGGUCCUCUGCUGCCCACGGCACUGCUGCUGGGCCCCAGAACCUUGUGAGCUCUCCAGGGCCCGUGGGCUUUGAGGAUUCUUACAGGCAGGAGCCUGCACUGGGGCCCACAGGCUCCCCCAGGAACGUCAACCAGAGGCCUCUCCUCUGGGUGGUCCUUCUGCUGGCGGCUGUUGCCCUGGUCCUAGGGGUCGGUGUUUUCGUGCGCCUGCACCAAGCCAAGCGCGGAAGCUCCAGGAAGGCCACCGAGGGUGAAGGGGCUCAAUAA